GGCCUCUGCCAGCGGUCCGCUGCGGCUUGCUUACCCAGCCACCAGCCAAAAUCCGCGACCAAAGUGCCAAGCCUUCUCCCCGAAGCCUUUCCGGAAAAACCCUCGCCCCCCUUCCUUCUCCCCCGCCCCCCACCCCCCACCCCGGCAGGCAGCGAUCAAGCCCCGCCAUCGCCAUGGCCAGCGACGACGACUGCUACUACUACUACGACGACGACGGCGACGGCGAGGAGGAUGAGGAGGACGGGGAGGAGGCGGCCGACUGGGACGGCCUGGCGGUGGGGGCGGACGAGGACGACCUCGGCCUGCUCGAGGACGACCCGCCGCACUCGGAGCGCCGCGUCGAUUGCUGGGCUAUUACAGAAGACACCCUUUCUGCGGCCCAGCAAGAAGACUUGUCCACAAUGAUGAAUUUGCUCAAUAUAAAGCAGCACCAGGCGCGCAGUCUCUUCAUUCACCACCGAUGGAAGAUAGACUGCAUCUAUGAUUGCCUUGACAGGAAGGGGCGAGACCGCAUGCUCAGAGAAGCAGGCAUUGUACUGCAGGAGAAGAGUAGCAUGCUAAUAGGUGCCUCAAGAACACCCUCGACAAGUGUCCAAUGCAACGUGUGCUUUGAUGAUGACUUGUCCCCGGCCGCUGUCUCAACUAUGGACUGUGGCCAUUGCUUCUGCAAUGACUGUUGGACAGAGCACUUCAAUGCAGCCAUAGACGGCGGCAAGAAGCAGAUACGUUGCAUGGAGGUGAAGUGCUUGGCUAUUUGUGAUGAGGGCAUUGUGCAGCGCCUACUUGGCCAGAAGUACCCCGAUGCAGCCAAGCGCUUUGAUCGCUUCCUACUGGAGUCUUAUCUUGAGGACAAUGACUUCGUGAAGUGGUGCCCCAGCAUCCCACACUGUGGACGCGCAAUCCGUGUGGGCACUGGUGAUCGUUACUGCGAGGUCAAGUGUCUCUGUGGUGUCAGCUUCUGCUUCAACUGUAUGGAGCAGACACACUCACCGUGCCCGUGUACCAUAUGGAAGCAGUGGAACACCAGGAUCCAUGGCGAGUCAGAGAACAUCAAAUGGAUCGUUAAAAACACCAAGAGCUGCCCCAAGUGCUUCAAGCCAAUUGAGAAGCGUGACGGUUGCAACCUGGUCAAGUGCAAGUGUGGCCAGUAUAUGUGCUGGCUAUGUGGUGGACCCACAGGUAGCGCGCACACAUGGACAAACAUUGAGGGCCACAGCUGCAACCGAUACAAGGAGAGCAAGGACAAGGUGGACACGGGCAGGCGGCAGCUAGAGCGAUACGCGCAUUACUGCAACCGGUUCAAGAUCCAUGAGGACUCAUACAAGGAGCAGCACGAAAAGCUGGGGCCGGCCAUCAAAGAGAAAGUGAAACAGCUGGAGUCGAACCACCUGCGACCAAGGCUGAUCAGGGACGGCGACUGGCUGACCGAUGCACACCAGCGCCUGCUCUGGUCACGGCAGGUGGUGUCUCGAUCUUAUGCGUUCGCCUACCACAUGUUCGGCGGCGAACUGCGGGCGCACCGGUCAGAGCGGGGCAGCCUGGCCCCGGUGCAGAAUCUGUUCGAGAGCCAGCAGGAGCAGCUGGAGCGCCACGUGGAGCAGCUGUCGAAGGUGCUCGUCACGGAUAUCCCGGCGCUGCCUGACCAGGAGAUAGUGAAGGUGAAGCAGGAGGUCGUCAACCUCGACAAGAUCCUCGAGAGGCUCUGCGGGGAGAUGUACACCUGCAUUCAGGACGAGCUGCUGCCGCUGCUCACGGAGCCCAUGGACAUCGCCGCGUACACGCCCGACGGCCCUGUGCGGGCCAAGGUGUUCCGGGCGUGACUGUGACAGGCUUCACUCGGAUGCUGCUCGGGGCGGACAGACGGUGUGGCGGCAACUGAUGAGUGAAGACCACCUUGACAUGCAUCAAUCUAAUGCAAAUGUGGACGUACAGUAAGGAGGAAUGAUUUAGGCUGUGGUCUGAGGUUAGUGGAGGCCUCGCACGCUCUAGGAGGACCUAACCUAAGUACCUAAGUAAGUAGUACUAAUAUAGAUUAUUACGUAUUAGUUUGCAAGUGAAGCACGUAUGUACGGGUUCAUCCAGGUAUUUGUGGUCUCUAUACUAAGCGUUGUUCUGGAACUA